CGCCAUUCACACGCAGCGUGCGUGGAGCCAGAAACAAAACAAAACAAAUAAUCAGAAUGCCGCCAAAGUCGAGUAGUAAGAAAAACCAGGCAAGUUGGUAUCACUGCGAGACCUGUGGAGUGCACAUAACGUCCAAGGCGCGCGACAGUCACGAUGCCAGCUGCCCCAUACCCAGUGAAGGCGAUGGAGAGGCGGACUCCGAAGUGGAGUACGUGCGGAAUGGAACGCUGUACACGAGGAGCCUGCAGCAGCGCAACUUUGAAGUGGAAUCCCUGAAAGAUUUGCCAGCAAAGUAUACCAACAUGCUAGUGUUUGUAUCAGAGGGUGCCAUGCGGCUAUCCCAGCUCCACAUUGGCCAGCACGUGGUGAUUGAAUCCACGUCACAGGAGCCGCUGGUGCGAAUUGUGUGGCCCGUGUCGGAGCAGUUCCUAACCACAGUGUUUGUCACAGACAACGAUUACAAAUCAAAUUUCGCGAAUUUGCGCGGCAAGCUGCUGAAAAUCCGACCAUUGGACACCAAAUGCCUGACAGCCGCUGGCAGCAUCUCCCUGAGGCUUAUCAGCGAAUCGCGGCUAAAGUCUGGACAGCUGAAAGAUGCCACCGCCUUGCUGCAGCGUGCCAUGGUCAAUCAAAUCUACUGCCAGGGCACUAAAAUUCAUUUAAAUUUCUUCAACAAGUCGCUGACGUUUCGCCUGGAGAGCUGGCAGGGCGCUGUGGAGGAUGCACUGGCUAGUCUCAGUCUGGAGGCCAAGCCGCUGCAGUUUGUACAGGUGACAAAUGUUACACGGGUACAAUUAAUACCCCAGGAGGAUGAGGAGCAGCAGCUCAAGGAGCAGACGAGUUCCUUUCGCAUUACAAAAUCCCAAAUUGGAGGAUUGGACAAGCAAGUGGAGCUAGUGGAGGAGAGCAUGGAGUAUGCGCUCGGCCUGAGAACAGUGCCAGCAGGCCUGAAGGUAUCGCGUGGCAUGCUGCUGUAUGGCGCCACUGGCUGCGGCAAGUCCAUGGUCUUGGAGGCCAUGACCGCCGUCGCUGAGGAACGCAGCCAGAGGAAUGUCCAAAUCAUACGCAUCAAUAGCGGCGAGGUGUACAGCAAGUUCCUUGGCGAAACGGAACAAAAUCUAGCAGCAAUCUUCGAGCGCGCGUACGCCCAUUACCCGCAACCGACGCUGCUGCUCAUCGAGGAUGUGCACAAUCUUUGUCCCAAGCAGGAGAGCAAUGAUCUGGUCAAGCGUGUCUCCCUGGCGUUUCUCUCGCUGCUGGACCAACUGAGCAGUCCCCGGCAACUCCGUGGCAGUCGCACCUUCCUGCUGGCCACCAGCUCGCAAAUCGAUGCCCUGCACCCGAGUAUACGGAGAGCCGGACGCCUGGACAGUGAACUGGAAUUGGGUGUACCCAGCCCGCAGGCACGUCAGGCCAUCAUCCAGUGUCUGAUUCAGUCGGUGGAGCAUCACCUGAGCACUGAAGAUGUGGCACAAAUUGCCACCAUUAGCCAUGGCUAUGUGGGCGCCGAUCUGGCGAAUUUGGUGUACACCGCCAUGCUGCAGGCCCAGCCACAAGCUCUGCAGCUGAAACACCUGCAGGAAGCUCUCAUCAGUGUUAAACCAUCGGCCAUGCGCGAAGUGCUCAUCGAGUGCCCCAAUGUACAGUGGUCGGACAUUGGCGGCCAGUCCGAGCUGCGGCUGGCCAUGCAACAGGCCAUCGAAUGGCCACUGCUGCAUGCGGAGAAGUUCCAGCGUCUGGGCAUCAAGCCACCGCGUGGCAUUCUCAUGUUUGGACCGCCCGGCUGCUCCAAGACGAUGAUUGCCAAGGCCCUGGCCACCGAGAGCAAGCUGAACUUUCUCUCUAUCAAGGGGCCGGAGCUCUUCUCCAUGUGGGUGGGUGAGUCGGAGCGUGCGGUGCGCGAGGUGUUCCGCAAGGCACGCCAGGUGGCACCCUCGAUAGUCUUCUUCGACGAAAUCGAUGCCAUUGGCGGCGAAAGAGCUGAAGGCGAUGGCUCUGGCUCCGGCUCCGGUUCGUCCGUCAAAGAGCGCGUUCUCACCCAACUCCUCACCGAACUGGAUGGCGUUGAGGCCUUGCAGAAUGUCACCAUUGUGGCGGCCACCAAUCGGCCCGACCUGAUAGACAAGGCGCUACUACGUCCCGGACGCAUCGAUCGCAUACUCUACGUGGGCCUGCCCAAGGCCGAUGCUCGCAGCGAAAUCUUACACAUAAAACUGCGCACCAUGCCGCUGGCCAAGGAUGUGCAGGUGGAUAAGUUGGUGGAGCUGACGGACGGCUAUUCGGGUGCCGAAAUCCAAGCUGUGUGCCAUGAGGCUGCUAUGCGUGCGCUUGAGCAAAGCUUCGAGGCGGAACAGGUGGAUUGGUCGCACUUUGAGCAUGCCCUGACGGCCGUACAGCCGCGAACCAGUCCUGAGCUGUUAAGACUCUACGAAGACUACUUGAAAAGGAAGUGAUUUUUUGAGUGUAAACUUUUACCACUCAAAGACUACAAUAAAAAGCAUUUAAUGUACGUUAUUAUA